GAUAAGAUAGCCUUGAGCCAAACCUUUGCCCCACGAGCGAAUCGCGUCGAGUGAUUAACUCAGUUAACAAAAUCCUUAUACAAAUUCUAGUUUAUAUUAAUGUCAUACAUCGUCCACAGGGGCCGUGAAAUUUGUGUCCAGUUGUGUGAGAUUAUUAAAAAAAUUGUGUAUUCAUAUUGUGUAUAGUGAAAAGUAGAAAUAAGUAAUUGAAUCUGUGGUGGACAGUGGUUGUAUUAUCAAGUUAUCAUGCAAUAACUACGUAAUAUUAUCUUUGUCUGGCUAUGAAGAAUCAGUGGUUAAUGCUCUGGUCGCUGUGGGCAGCGCGACUGGUCCCGCAACCAACGAUACCAGUGCGAGUCCAAGGAGGCUGGUUGCGUGGGUUCAUAUCGCCUAAUGGCGCUUAUAAGAGCUAUGUUGGAAUCCCCUAUGCUUCACAUCCGGAGAAACGGUUUCAGGCUCCCGGCCCUCCCCCAUCAUGGCGCGGUGUUUACGAAGCAGUAGACCAAAAUACCAAAUGCCCACAGAGGCUGGGUCAAAGCCUAGUUAUAGGCCAAGAAGACUGUUUGGUUCUCAAUGUUUUUACCCCUAUGGAUGCUACGGAUGUUACGUCAUAUCCGGUCAUGCUUUUUAUUCACGGCGGGGGAUUUUUCGACGGCUCGGCGUCAUCGAUGUACGGCCCAGAAUAUUUAGUUAAGAAGGGAGUUAUUCUAGUCACUAUCAACUAUAGGCUCAAUGUAUUAGGAUUCGCUUGUUUACGAAUUAAGGAAGCACCAGGUAAUGCCGGUAUGAAAGAUCAAGUAGCUGCUUUAAAGUGGGUCCAACGAAAUAUUAAAGCAUUUGGAGGAGACCCUGACAACGUCACUAUAUUUGGAGAAAGUGCCGGCGCAGCAUCUGUAUCCUACCAUAUAGUAUCUCGGAUGUCCGAAGGCUUAUUCCAUAAAGCUAUAAUACAAAGUGGUUCUUCAUCAGCGACAUGGGCAUUCCAAUUCAAGCCAGUUUACAUGGCCAGCUUAUUAACUAAAGUAAUGCAAUACCUAACCGAAGAUCCAUAUGAAAUUUACGAUAUAUUGAUGGACAAAAGUGAUGCAGAACUUAUAGCUACUAGAGUUCCAAGAAAAGAAGGCAAUAUAGUAAUUUCGGAACUGUUAUACGUACCUUGCAUAGAAGAUGAAAUAGAUGGCGAAGAGUCAUUCUUGAUAGAUUUGCCAUAUAAUUUACUUUCGAAAGGAGAAUACAAUAAAGUUCCUGUGAUGAUUGGAACGUGUAAUGAAGAAGGUUUACUUCUUGCAGCUUUGGAAAAUGAUACAACUAUAGCCAAAAUUGCAGUUGAGAAAGCGUUGCCUAAGAAUUUACACAUACCAUCAGAAGCGGAAAGGAAAGAAGUAGCCAAAAAGUUGCACAAUUUUUAUUUAGGCGAUGAAGCUAUCUCACGUGAAACUUUAGCUAAUCUAUCAAGGUUGCAUGGAGAGGUCUUCAUGACAUAUCCUACGUUAGAAGAAGCUGAGUUAUAUCUUGAUACCAAUGAUAAACCAGUAUACAGUUACGUGUUCAGUUAUUAUGGAUGGCGUAAUUUGGUCAAGUUAACUAUGGGCAAAGUACUAAAGCAUAUCCCGGGAGCUACACACGCAGAUGACUUGUUCUAUAUCUUCAGUCAAAAUGUUAUCCCGUCGUUCUUUGAAUAUCAAAUGAUUGACAGGAUGACGACUAUGUGGACGAACUUUGCAAAAUAUGGAAAUCCAACUCCGGUUGUAUCACAUUUGUUACCCAUGCAAUGGCCACCACUGGACAAGUCGAACCCUCAAUCCUUAGUCAUCAAUAAGGACUUCUCCCUAGCUCCACUAUGGAACACUGAUUCUUUAAAGUAUUUACGCCAAGUAUACUCCAAAUAUAGGCGAAAAACAUUUUUUGAGGAGUUGCAUUUGCGAUACGAAAAGCAUAAUAUGAGUACUGCGAGUUGGGUGGUGCUUUGGUCCCUCUGGGCCACACGGUUUGUUCGGCAACCCACCAUGCCGGUGCACACAGAAGGAGGCUGGCUGAGGGGUAUGUUCACGCCUGAUGGCUCUCACAAACAGUAUUUAGCAAUACCAUACGCUACGCAUCCAGAGAAGCGCUUCCAGGCUCCUGGUCCUGCACCAAUAUGGCAAGGGGUGUUCGAAGCUGUAGAGGAGUAUAUUCGAUGCCCGCAAAAAUUUGGACCGAGCAUUGUCAAAGGACAAGCAGAUUGUCUAAUUGUCAACGUAUACACCCCACCUGACGCUACCCCUGCCUCAAAUUAUCCAGUCAUGGUGUAUAUCCAUGGAGGAGCAUUCUUCGAAGGAUCAUCGUCAAUAUUUUUGUAUAGUGGAGAUUAUUUAGUGCGCAAGCAAGUAAUUUUAGUUUCUUUUAACUAUAGGCUUAAUAUCCAAGGUCACUUGUGCUUAAGGAUCAAGGAAGCACCAGGCAACGCUGCUAUGAAAGAUCAAGUUGCAGCUUUGAAAUGGAUCCAGCGUAAUAUUAAAGCAUUCGGUGGUGACCCCGACAACGUGACAUUGCUCGGAAUAAGUUCCGGUUCUACCUCGGUUUCUUAUCACAUACUUUCACCAAUGUCCAAAGGAUUAUUUCACAAGGCGUUAAUGCAAAGUGGUUCUUCGCUAGCUCCAUGGGCCUUGCAAUUUUCACCGAUAUCCGCGGCUAGUUUAUUAACCAAAAGUAUGGGAUACACCACUGAGGAUCCAAACGAGAUUUACAAUAUAUUGGUAGAGAAAACAGACGAAGAGCUAAUUGUUGCAAAAGUGCCCAGACAGGAAGGUAAUAUUUAUUUAUCUGAAAUAUUGUACAUGCCAUGCGUGGAAAAGGCAAUUGAUGGAGAGGAUGCGUUUUUGACUGAUCUUCCAUUUAAUUUGUUAGCGAAAGGAGAGUACAAUAAAGUUCCUAUGAUAAUAGGUCGCGCAAUCGAGGAGGGGUUGUUUGUGGCGGCCAUGGAAAAUGAUAAAACUAUACCGAAAAUUACGUUUGAAAAAUCCUUACCAAGAGACAUGACGAUACCGAGCGAACACGUCCGAAAAGAGAUAGGGGGAAAGUUGCAAAAGUUUUACAUGGGGGAUAAAAAUAUCUCUCACGAUACAAUAGUAAGUCUUUCACGGCUACAUGGAGAAGUUCAUUUUGUAUAUCCCAUUUUAGAGGAGAUUGAAUUAUACUUGAAGAGUAAUGAGAAGGCGGUGUACAGUUACAUUUUCAGCUAUGACGGCUGGAGGAAUUUGGCUAAAUGGUCUACGUUGUCCUUGGCUCUAUGGAGCUUCCCAGGGGCGACCCACGCUGACGAUCUUUUCUAUAUGUUCAGCCAGCCCUUGCUUCCUACAUUGUUUGAGAAUAAAAUGAUAGAGAAGAUGACCACAAUGAUGACAAACUUUGCUAAAUAUGGGAACCCCACUCCGGAACCUUCCGAUCUGUUGCCGGUGAGGUGGCUUCCGCUAAAUACGUCAUCUCCGGAGUGCCUGGUCAUCGACGCGGAGUUCUCGACUGCGCCGCUCUAUACAAGCGAUUCGCUCAAGUACUUGCGUGAAGUGUACUCCAAGUACAGACGGAAGGGAGAUUGAAUAUUAAUUAUUAUCUGACUAGGUGAAAGUAUAUGUAUAAAUAUGGAAAUGGAAAUGUAACCUUAGUA